GAGAAAUACAAAUUGAUGAAGAAGAAGAACAAGAAGAGGAACCAACGACCCCUAUUGGGAUACAUAUAUCUCGACAGUCAUCAACAAGAUCACAUGAAGAACAAGGAGAACAACAACAACAAAGACAAGCUCGUGGUAAACGAGUCAAUUUCCAAACUAUCGAUGAAGAUGAACCAGUAAGACAACCUUUUCCGGCAAUGCCACCUCCUAGUGGUAGAGCUGUUUCACAUGUGUGGUCGUAUUUCACAAAAGAACCAACCGACAAUCCAGAUAUUUUCUUAUGCACUUGUCAAAUUUGUGAAAGUCAAGGAGUAAAGCCCUUAGUUUCAUACAGUUUCGCCAGAGUUAAAUACUUUUUAAGUUUUUUAUACAUACAUUAUAUAUUCAUAUUUUAUAAAAAUUUAUUUAUUGUGUUUUGUGAAUACGUGUUAGGUGGUGGUACGGGAUCUUUUAACAAACAUUUGGCAAAGAAGCAUGGAAUCACAAAAGAAACUCAUGCAGCAAGCGGCAGCGGGACCACAAGUGGAAGCCGACAGACACAGUGGGACAUUCCCAGCACAGGUAUGCCUUUUAGAUAUAAUCGUAAUGAUAUGAUUGAUGAAUUUUCUAAGUAUGUAAUUUGUGAUGAAUUGCCUUUUAACCACGGUGAAAGUAGAGCACAUGAGCGUUUCGCUAGAAAAACUUUGCAACCACAGUUCUCUUAUUUAUCUUUCUCUCACAUUAAGUUCCUCUAUGAACACAAUUCCCCUUAUGAACAACCACUUAUUCUCAUUAUCUUAACUAUAAGCUUCACUCAUAGCUAUUACAACUCACUGCCCCCUUGA